AUGUCAGAUUACGACUUCUCUGAUGUGCGUCCCGUCAGCCUAAAUAGUGACGAACCCCAACUAUGCCAAAUAUUGUACGACGAUGAGUACAAAUCAAUUAUGGGCAAGUUAUUAGCCCUCAUGAAAUUAAAAGAGUAUACGCCUAGAGCACUCUACUUGACCGAGUUGGGAAUUGAACAGUUGGCGUCACACUACACCAUUUGGAUAUAUCGCUUCAACAUUCUACAGAAUCUUCCAGAUGCAAACUAUUAUGACGAAUUGGAUUGGUGUGAGCAGAUUGCUUUGGACAAUGAGAAAAAUUAUCAAAUAUGGAACUAUCGUCAGCUAAUUAUCAAUGAAAUCGUGAAACAGGAAACAAGCAAUGGUAAAGACAAGUUUGAUCCUCACCGUGAAUUCCCAAUCAUGGAAGCCAUGCUCGAUGCCGACCCCAAGAAUCAUCAUGUGUGGUCAUACAGAAAGUGGCUUGUUGAAAAAUUUGAUCUAUACAAUGACGAAAAGGAAAGAUUGUUUGUUGACGAAUGUAUUGAUGCUGACUUAUUGAACAACAGUGCUUGGAGCCAUCGGUUUUUUUUAAAUUUUGCUCAAGAUGUAUCUCCAAGUGAGGAGAUACUCGGUAAGGAAAUUUCUUACACUAAGGACAAGAUAAUACACUGUCCUCAAAAUGCAAGUUCUUGGAACUAUUUAGAGGGCGUUUAUGAGAAAUUAAACAAGGAUUUGACAGAUUUGGAAGAAUUCGUGUCCAAAUUUGUUGAUUUUGAUGAUGCAAACAAGGUGAAAAGUUCCUUUGCAUUGGAACUUUUGAGCAGAAUCAGCAAACAGAACGGUGAAGAUGAGAAAGUGGCCAAGUAUGACAAGAUGCUUCGAUCUUUGUUCAAAGCAUGA